AUGUCCAAACGUGGAGCUGAAGGUCCGCAAGGGUCCAAGGAAACAGAGAUGGAAUUCAACAUGUCGGGUACACCGGAAGAGAAGCCCCAACGGGCGACGGCGGCGCAAAUGGCGAACAGAAAAAAUCUCUCGUUGCACGGUGGUUACGGGGGCGGGCGGCGGACAACGGAGGACAAUGGAGGAGAACGGAGGAGAACGGGGGGGGAGUGGAAGAGGGUGGAGAGGAGGAGUGGUGCCUGCUUUCCUAUUUAG